UUUACCUGGUCAAUAUUUCCUCUUUACAGAAUUUGAAUCUUUCGUAUAACAACCUUGGGGGUGAGGUUCCAGCAGGAGGAGUGUUCGCAAAUGCUAGUGCCAUUGAACUCUCCGGCAACCAGAACCUCUGCGGGGGAAUUCCAGAGCUGCAUUUUCAUCCAUGCCCUAAGCAGUCUAAGAAACCAAGGAAACAUACUGCUCAUAAGUUGAUACUGGCAUUUACCAUUUUACUUUCUUUCUUAGCUCUGUUUCUAGCUUUACUCCCAAUUAUCUGGAGAAGAAAUUUGAGGAAGGAACCUCAUCCUAUUCCUUCUUUAGGGCUCUUAUAUCCUAAAAUUUCUUACGAAGAGCUCCGAAAUGCGACUGGUGGUUUCUCUUCCACUAAUAUGAUUGGUUCAGGGAGUUUUGGGAUUGUGUAUAAAGGAUUCCUUGGUCCAGAUGAACCAAGUGUUGCAAUAAAGGUACUCAACCUUCAACAGAGAGGAUCAUCCGAAAGCUUUAUGGCCGAAUGCGAAGCCUUGAGAAACAUAAGGCAUCGAAACCUCGUAAAAGUUUUAACUGCUUGCUCAUCUAUUGAUUUUGAGGGGAACGAUUUCAAAGCUUUAGUAUACCAGUUUAUGCCAAAUGGGAGCUUGGAGAAGUGGCUGCAUCCAGAAGGUGUAAUGACUCAAAAUAGAAGCUUAAACUUUCUCCAGAGGAUAAACAUCUCAAUCGACGUGGCUUCUGCAUUGCAUUAUGUUCACCAUCAGUGCCAAACUCCCGUUGUUCAUUGUGAUCUAAAGCCAAACAAUGUUCUUCUAGAUGAUGAUCUGACUGCUGACUUGAGUGAUUUCGGUUUGGCAAGGCUUUUUACAAAGUUCAACAAUGAUGCUAACUUCAAUCAGUUCAGCUCACUCGGCAUGAAAGGGACGAUUGGAUACGCUGCUCCAGAAUAUGGAAUGGGCAGUAUGGUUUCACCGGUAGGAGACCAACAGAUGACCAAUUCAAAGAUAAUUGUAACCUUCACAAUUUCGUCGCACUCUCAUUGCCAGAUCAAGUAAUGGGAAUUGUGGAUCAAUCUGCCCUGCAUAACCAAGUAGUAGGAGAAGCUGCAAGUAGUACUUCAUUUAGGAGUGGCCUGAGAAGUGAACAGGUUAAUAAGUGUUUGGUUUUUGUCUUUCAAAUCGGAGUUGCAUGUUCAGCAGAAUUUCCGCACGACAGAAUGGACAUGAAGCAAGUUUUGAAGGAACUGCUUUCAGUAAGGGACAGUUUGCUUGGAAAUAGAUAGCUUAAUAUUGCAAAUUGACAGUCCUGUUAUCAUAAUGGUUAUUUCACAAGCACUGUUUCUAAACGUAAGGACAG